AAAAAAAAAAAAAAAAAGAAUUCAAAAAAUUAGUCGAUGGGCGAAGCGAUUCUGUACGUGGACGACUUCCGAUUCGAAACGUCCUACGAUGUCUCUCGCUGUAGGAUUUGCCACGAAGAGGAAUUCGAAAGUGCCCUACAACUUGAAGCCCCCUGCGCCUGUUCUGGCACCAUUAAGUUCGCCCACAGAGACUGUAUUCAGAGAUGGUGCACCGAAAAGGGCAGCAUAGUCUGUGAAAUUUGCCUCCAGAAUUACGAGCCGGGCUAUACAGCGCCUUCUAAGAAGCCACAACUCGGCGAUCCAGGUGUCAGCAUUAGUGAUGGUGCGCAAAUCCCGAGAAGCGAGCAAGAAGAGGCGGCGGAGCCCGCGUCUCCGCCCGCUGAUGACGGCGCGUCGGACUCCGCUUGCUCCACCACCACUGACCGCGGUGCCUCCUAUUGUAAAUCGGUUGCUCUCACCUUCACUUUAGUAUUGUUGGUGAGACAUUUCUAUGAUGUUCUAGCUGUUGGCGCGGGAGAUUAUCCAUUUACGCUCGCCACGGUGCUUCUUUUAAGAGCAAGUGGGAUCAUUUUCCCUAUGUACGUGAUAAUUCGAGGUAUCACCACCGUUCAAAACAACAUUCGUCGAAGUCGUUAUCGGUACCGAUAUCGAGAUCAGGAUUCUGAUGACGACGAAGAUGAUGAUAUUUCGAGGUUUGAAGAUGAUGAAAGAAGGCUCCAUCAUAUUGUCUAAAGCUUUAUACAGACUUUUUUUUCUUUUGUUCUAAUUAAUUUAAUUUUAUUUCGAUAAUUUAGUUUAUUUUUCACUCUGUAUAUUAUUGGAGUGGGUAAUGAAUUUUUACCUUCGUGAAAUUUAGUUUUUAAUGUUUUUAUUUCAAUAAAUAUAGAAAAAUUAAUGUCCU